CAACAACAUACGACAGAAACACUUUACAACUGAUGAGACAACUUCCGCCAUGCUAGCUGCUCGAGACCAAGAGAAUCUCGUCCACGCACGCCAUACCGCCGCAGCAGGAAAGCCGUUAAACCAGAGCGUCCGAGCCCUGCACCCUAAAACCCCAGGAAAUCUCAAAACACCGUUUCGUCCUGCAAAGAACGACGAGAACGCGACUCUUGCUUUCAAAGGCCAACAAGGGCUGAUCAAAGAUGGGCCGAGUAAAUUGGACAAGAAUGCGUUCGCUACGCCACUAGCACCACGCAACAGAGCACCAUUGGGGGCAAAGACAACCAAUGCCAAAGCCCAUGCAUUUCAGACUCCUGCUCCGGCUCCUCUGACCACCAAAACUGGCCGGACUAUACAGAAACCUUCUACUGCCCGUCGAUCGGGACGAUCCAAAAUUUCAGUGUCUCAGGCCGAACCGGUUCAGAGCGACGUACUGACCAGAAAACAAGAUGAAGAGGAUGAACCGGAUUAUGGCUACGCACCACCUCCACCUGUUGAGCUUCCAGACCCGCCGUUGGAUUUCAACCCCCAAGAUUUCCCUCCAGCUCUCACGAGAGAAGACCUCUCGAGGGACUUCGGGGAACUAUAUUGUAACUCACCAAAGGAUGAGAAUGGAAUCUCUCUGCGCCUGAAGAAGGAAGAGGCGGAUUGGCGUCGCUUUGAUGAAGAACGAAUUCAAAAGAGUUUGCAAGAGCUAGACCUGGCCCCCCUACCGACUAGUGAAGACCUCAACAGACAGGUAGAUGCCAUGAUUGCAGCAAGCUCCAAGCAGCAGAGACCACAGAUGUCAAGAGUCGACACAAUCAAAGCCAGGUCUGCAGCUGCGGCACUAUCUCAAUCUCAACCACGAUUACCCACUGCUGCCCUGAGGCCCACUCAAGCUUCGGAGCACAAGAAAAGAGGUAUCAUUCCAAUUAUGAAAUCCAAGCCUGCGUAUGCCUCACCAGCACCAUCAUCGAGCCGCAUAGCGCAUGCUGCCGUGUCGAAGAAUACUAUUGGUUUUCCAAAGGCGAGGAAACCACCUUCUAUCAUUCCGAAAAGUGGUGGAAACGAAAGAUCGGGGGCAACUGUAGCAAAGCCAGUCAAGAUUGAUCAAAGCAAGAUCCAUCCCAAGGACUUCCGCGACUUAUACGGCUCUCCGCCCGUCGAGAGUGAUAUGUGGUUUCGUCUGAAGGCAUACGAAUUGCUGGAGACGGACGGACCGGGGGACGACGACGAUCUCGUGGAUGAUUUAUUUGAGCCAGACUUCUUCCCUUUCGAAAAUUCGAAGCUGGAUGAUGAAGAUUUUCAGUUGCCAAUGCCGGAAUGAACAUCUUUUAGAGAGAUGAGAUGGCUUGGUGUCAUUAUCACUGUUUCAAAUACGACGUUACGAUUUCAUGAUAUCGAUACCCAAUCCGGAUAACAUGCGAUGCGUCGAGAACGGCACUCGCAAAAGGGGAGAAUGGCACUUCUGAAGAAGGUGUUGAGUUAGCUGUACAAGCAAUUGGCAACGAGCACUGAUGCAGCACUUUUGGGGGCACAGCCAUUCAGGGCAAUGUAAAAAAUAUCCAGUUCUGUACAUGCUUU